GCAUGCCUGCUCGCAAUCUUGCUUUCUAGUCCUUUUAUAAGGCCGAGGGGCGACAAUAUUCCCUUCCAGCCGCUUCUCACGAGUAUUCUUCUUCUUUUUUUUAUUUCCUUUCUCUUCUGAACCCCAUUGUCCACCAAUCAUGUCGGGCAUUCUCACUACCAUUCAAAAUCUGGCGGGCGACUUCAAGGACAAGGGCCAAAAUGUCAUUGACAGCCUUUUCCCUCCCGAGAAGCGCGCGGAGAUGCUUGCAAGGCUUCAGUCCUUUGCUAUAAAUAACCCAAAGCUUGCUGCCUUCCUCCUCACCAACUUCGCCCUGACCGGCUUCCCACUUGUCAUGUUUGGCGUAUUUACCGUAACCGUCUUCGUUUUUUCCCUUGUCGCCGCUCUCCUGGUUGGCCUCCUAGCCGCCCUUCUCUUCACUGCCUUUAUGGUCGGUGUUGCCCUCCUUGUGAUUCUACCUACCGUCUUCAUUACAACCAUGGGAGCCAGCUUCCUCUUCCUCUGGGGCCUCGGUGGAUACUACAUUGUGAAGUGGUUCAACCAGGGCGGUGAUUCACCUGCAGCAGAAGGCACAGCGAUUGGUGACAAGCUGAACAGCCUCACGGGUGGAAGGAUGAGCUUCCUUAUGGACGGCGUAAGAAAACGGGAGGGGCAGGACCAGGGAGAGAAACAUGCGAAUGGCCAAACUGGGAAGAGGCCCCCAAAACUGGCAGAGAAGAAGGUUGAAAAGAAGGGCUCAACCGAUAGCGUGCAGCAAGGCGUCUCGGACGUCACUAAGAAUGCCGACAUUGGGAACGUGAAAGACCAAGUUGGCAAGACUACCGAUGUCAACGGUGUCAAGAAGAGAACAAGCAACGUCACGAAUACGGCCCAAGGUGCCGUUGGUGGAGCAAAAGGCGCCGUAGGUGGAGCGACCGGGCUCGUUUGAAGUUCUUGCAUUGAUGGCAAGAAAGGACACUUAUAAGAUUGUCAUGUUCUAACCCCUAUCCAAAUUACUUAUGGCGGACAUUUUGAUUGAUAAUGAUGGUCUCCGAGCAUGCUUUUUACUUUCGUAUAUCAUAGCGUGGUGUUAGCAUAGCUGGAAAUAUAACAAACCUGCU